UCGUUUGGAUCGCGCAGCUUGACCUCCUGCUGUCUCUCCGGCUUCGUCACAACAAUUAGCAACAGGGGAUGACGCCAUAAGAGCCUAAGGAAAUGCUAUAUACCUGACUGUAUUACCAGACACAGCAGGCUUGAGAACCUUGACCGGGCUUGCGUCGAGCCCAGCUCUGUGACUUGCAUUACUACGUCUGGCUAUCUGUGAGUUAUACAAUAAAUUCGUGUAGCUGCGUUGUGAGGCUUGCGGUCCACGAAUCCCACUAUGGAGAAGUCAGCCAUUCCUGCUCCCCCGGCGCCGACGACGCUGGAGACGCCAAAGGGAACGUCCGGAGGUCUGAAGAGCAGGAUUCCUUCGCCUCUGCGACGGACACCGGGGCCAGCGGCUGGCAAGGAUGCAGCUGCGACCAACAAGACAGCCAUGAGCUCGUCAAUCCUCUCGACGCCAGUGCUCAGCGCCAAGCGCCUGGACAACACGCCAGGCAACAAAAUCAGCAAGCUACCAUUGCAGCCUAGUCCGUCUCCAUCUCAGGAUAAGGACACCACGGACCAGAAGGACCAGGUGAAGGGCACAACCCCCAAGAAACAACCCCCCGCAGCAAGCACGUCGCAGCCGGUUCAGCCCGAGCAGCGGACCAGCGCGCUGCCAACCACGGCCUCGACUCGGCCAACCUCGGCCUCGCUGAUUGCCAAGCCAAUCGAGCCGCGCCUGGUGAAGCAGACGACGCCAAAGGGUAGCAUUGUCUGCUCCACGGGGGCCACGGCGUCCAGGGCGUCGCAGCCCGUUGCUGCUGCCACCACUGCUAGCCGGACCGCACCACCGCGGGCGGGCAGCGUCACGCGCGAUCGUGCCCCUCCCGGCGAGACGCGCAGCAGCAUCCUCCGGCGGUCGAUGUCGGUGGGCAAGGGCCGUGUGCUAGUGGGGUCAACGGAGCCGGCGCCGCAGCCGCCAGCUGCCGCACCCACCCGGCCCAGCUUCAUCCGCUCCUCGCUGACCGCCAGCACUAGCAACUCUUCGCUGCGGGCGUCCAUCAAGCGGACGCCUGAGAAGCGCGACCCGUCAGCCGGGCGCCUGCGGCGGCCCGCCAGCGUAAGCCUAAGCCGGAACGACAACUCGCUCCUGGCGAGAAGCAAGCCUGGGCUCAAUACCAUCAAGGAGGCGCCGGGGCGGGCCGCGGUUACUGUGACGGGUGGCCCUUCCAAGCCCGCGACGCCCACCCGGCCGAUGCCGUCGCUCAACCUGGGCGCGCUCAAACAGCAGUCGUCGCUCACGUCACAGCCCUCGCUGUCCUCGGCGGUGCCGCUGCCAUCACCGACACCGCUGCUGUCGCAAACCACGUCGCUCAACAGUGCUGGCGCAGCCCUGGAGGAGGCCGGGCCGCCGGUGCCCAAGCUGAACCUUGGCGGCAUCCUGCAGCGGCGCGCGGAGGAGCAGGCGCAGGAGCCGGUUUUCGUGGUGGCGGCAUCCAGCGAGGCCGAGCCCGGCGGCACGGUGCCACAGAACUCGCAGGACAAGCGGCGCGCCUCCGCGUCGCGGCAGCCCAGCGCCAAGGAGGAGCCGCAAGAGCACUUCUACCUGUACCCCAAGGUCGCGCCGCAGGAGAAAAAGCGGAUUGAUGACAUCUGCCGCGUACUGCCAAAGAAGCAGCAGACCGCAGUAACUGACCUGUUCAGCAAGAUGGUGGAGGCCAGGCAAAAUUGCGAGCAGAUGUGCUUUCGCGGGCACCGCCUGCUGGACCAGGCACAGAGCGAGUUCCGGAACCGCCUGGCGCUCAAGGAGGAGGAGAUGGCCCGCAAGGAGGAGGAGGCGGAGCAGUGGCGCCAGCAGGCCGAGUACCUACGGACACAGCUGACGAUGCUGCUGGGGUCGCGGCAGGCGGACAGCGCGCAGGCCGCAGGCACCGUGCAGGACGGGGCCUCGGACACCGCCGAGUCGGGAGUGCGCGACAGCGUCCUCAUGUCGUUCGACCGCAUGAUGCAGCUGGGCGCGCAAGAGGCUGCGGCGCAGGCGGAGACCGAGGUCGAGGAGGUGGAGGAACAGGGCCCGGCUGCGGAGGCGGGUGGGCACGACAGCAACCCGGAGGGCAGCUCGAGCUUCCAAGUAGGCGCACCGCAGGUUGAGUGACGUUAAGCACAGCCGACGGGCUUGCAGGUGGAGGAGAGAAGGUGUUCGGGUAUUCAGGACUGAGGCCGCAGGCAGUUCAGCUGAGGCAGUGGCUAGGCGAAUGCUCUAUGGUUAAGGCCAGGGUGUGGUGAAAUUGCAGCACGAUAAAGACUAGGAGCGUGCCCGCCAUCAGCCAGGGUUGCAUGGCACCCACAUGGUGUAGUGAUCAACGUAGGCGUAGCCGGAUGGAAAGGUAGAAAGAGCGGGGCAACACGGCGAGAGUGCUUUUGGACACGGGUCUGGAGGUGCUGACGAAGGAAGGUCCGACAGGGCAGCCUGUUGGACGGCUAACCGAAGGACAUUGGUGAUACAUUACGAAGCCCGUAAUAAUUACAGGAACGGAACCGCAAACUUGAAGAGGUCAUGUGAAUGCUGUCGUU